UUAGCGGCUUUGGGAGUAGAAGGCUGGUAGUAGCGGCUGCGAAGGCAGCGAGGGGUUACUCAAGUGCUCGGAUUCUCGCGGCUGUGCAGGGAUUUAACCGCCACCAUGUCGAGCAAAAGGGCAAAGACCAAGACCACCAAGAAGCGCCCCCAGCGCGCAACAUCCAACGUGUUCGCCAUGUUUGACCAGUCACAGAUUCAGGAGUUCAAGGAGGCCUUCAACAUGAUUGAUCAGAACAGAGAUGGCUUCAUCGACAAGGAAGAUUUGCAUGAUAUGCUUGCCUCCUUGGGGAAAAAUCCAACUGAUGAGUAUCUGGAUGCCAUGAUGAAUGAGGCUCCAGGUCCCAUAAAUUUUACCAUGUUUCUCACAAUGUUUGGUGAAAAGUUAAAUGGCACAGAUCCAGAAGAUGUCAUCAGAAAUGCUUUUGCUUGCUUUGAUGAAGAAGCAACUGGCACCAUUCAGGAAGAUUACCUGAGAGAGCUGCUGACAACAAUGGGAGAUCGGUUUACAGAUGAGGAAGUGGAUGAGCUGUACAGAGAAGCACCUAUUGACAAGAAGGGAAAUUUCAAUUACAUUGAGUUCACGCGCAUCCUUAAACAUGGAGCAAAAGACAAAGAUGACUGAAAAGAACUUCAGAUUCCAGCCAAACGUUACUUGUUGCCACUUUGGGUAUUUCUGAGACUUUCUCUUAUAGCCUGUUGCAUGCCCUUAGCUUUACAGCUUUUGCCUUUCUUGUUGUAUUUAUUCUCAGCCGUUUUGGGCACAUGCAUCUCUAUAAUCAGACUGGAAAUGGGACUUUUUGUCAUUUUCAGAAUAGAAAAUAGGGUAAUUUAACUUACCAGCCCCCCCUAAAAUAACUGCAGUCUGCACAGAGUCAAUAUAUUUUUUCAGAGAAAGUUAUUCACUCAAUUUUUUCUGAACCAUAAUUAAACUUUAUGAUAAAAACUUACUUGUUUAAAACUUCUUAUUUUCCAGAAUUGGCUUAGUUUUAGUUGCAUCUUCCAAAGAAAGGUAGAUGAGGCAAAUCCUAGAAAAUAAUAGGUGGUUAGCCCUCUCCCUUACUCCUUCCAGUUUUCCUGACAAUCCUGUCUCCUCUAGCAUUCAUUCCUCCCCCUUCCCAAAGAAAUACAAUUUUAAUUGCCUUAAUCGGGUUUCCUGCACUUUGUCUUCCAAUUUUAAAAAGAAUUUUAAAAAUGUAGGAUUUGCAUAUAUAUAUAAUAGCUUUAAAUCCUUCAGUUUAACAUACCUGUCAGCAUCCCUCCUUAUUUGUUCUAAGCUUUUGUACAUCACUUCAUGUCAUUUAAAAUUAUAGACCAGGCCACUGAACGUAAUUUUAAUUUGUCCUAAUUUUUAAAACUAUUUUAGCCCCAAAGGAAUUAGGGGAAUUCUGAGGAAUGCUUCUACCAAAAAGACAGAUUUUUUUGUAUUGUAUUUCAAAGUGUUGGAAAUAUAGUAUUUUUUAUUGUA